AUAUGAACACUCACCGUCUAUUUCAUAUAUGUUGUUCCAUUUAAGCUCAUCUAAGUCCAAUACCAAAUUUAAAUUUUGUAGUUUUUCAAGUGGAAAUUUGGUCAUAAUUAAGAACAAGCUUUGACAUGUGGUCAUUCACAUCUCUUUCAUUAUUGUAUUUUGAACAAGAGGGGUGCUUUUGAUUAAACAAUUCAAAGAUUAACAUGGCGAGUUUACCGGGUCUUGCACAAGAUUAGCAAUCAAACUAAAUUUUAGGGCCAGAACACUAUAUAUACUAGUAGUUCAAAUAAUGCAAAAAGUAUCAAACUCUACUUUCCAAAGUACAUCAUUAGUUCAAACUUCGUUUCUCAUAACCCAUUUGCAGCCAUGAAAAUCUUGAAAAUCCUUUUGGUUAUUUUAUCUAUACUUUGCUGUUUUUCAUGGCCUAGUAUGCAGAGCGAUAUGGAGACAUACAUAGUUCAAGUCGAAUCUCCAGAAACCCAAAUUUCCACUCAAUCAUCAAGAAUGAAUUUGGAGAGCUGGUAUAGUUCUUUCUUGCCAAAGACCAUAGCAACCGCUGGCUCACAUGAAGAGCCACGGUUGAUAUAUUCAUAUCACAAUGUGAUGACAGGCUUUGCAGCAAGAUUAUCAGCAGAACAAGUGAAAGAAAUGGAGAAGACACAAGGGUUUAUAUCGGCAAGGCCACAAAGGAUGUUGCCUUUGCACACAACACAUACUCCAAGUUUUCUUGGAUUGCAACAGAACGUGGGCUUAUGGAGGGAUUCCAACUAUGGGAAAGGUGUGAUCAUUGGAGUCUUGGACUCUGGGAUUUUUCCUGACCAUCCUUCAUUUAGCGACAAAGGGAUGCCUCCUCCUCCUGCUAAAUGGAAGGGCGGGUGUGAAGGGAACUUCGUUACAAAGUGCAACAACAAGCUCAUUGGUGCGAGGACCUUCACAAGACACAGUUAUAAUUACUCGCCAUUAGAUGAUGAUGGACAUGGUACACAUACUGCCAGCACGGCUGCUGGAAGUUUUGUGGAAGGUGCCAAUGUGAAUGGGAAUGCUAAUGGCACUGCAGUUGGGAUUGCCCCUCUUUCGCACCUGGCUAUUUAUAAGGUCUGCGAUUCGUUUGGUUGCUUUGACAGCGAUAUUCUUGCCGCCAUUGAAGCAGCUAUUGAUGAUGGAGUAGAUAUCUUAUCCCUUUCCCUCGGUGCAGGUAGUAUGCCAUUCUAUGUUGAUCCAGUUGCACUCGGUGCGUAUAGUGCAACACAGAGAGGCAUUCUUGUAAGUUGCUCUGCCCAGAACGAGGGUCCAUUAGCUAGCACCUUAUCAAAUGAAGCUCCAUGGAUACUGACAGUAGGUGCAAGCACUAUUGACAGGAAACUUAAGGCCACUAUUGAACUCGGAAACAACAAAAAAAUCGAGGGUGAAUCAGCAUUUCAUCCAGAGGGUCAUGAUUCAACAUUUUUCCCUUUAUUUGAUCCUAUCCGGAAUGCAGUCGAAUACGACAGCAUUUAUUGUGGACCAGGUACACUAUUUUACCCUGAAAUUAAAGGCAAAAUAGUUUUAUGCUUAGCAGGUGGUGGUUAUUCCGGGAUUGAAAAAGGACAAGCUGUAAAAGAAGCCGGAGGUGUUGGCAUGAUCAUAUACAAUGGGCCAGAUGAUGGCGUCACUAAGAAUGCCGAUGCUCACGUCCUUCCGGCUUUGGUAAUUACUUAUCAAGACGCAAUGAAUAUUUUUGCCUACAUGAACUCAACAUCAAAACCAGUUGCAAGACUUUCAUUCCAAGGAACAAUAAUCGGAGAUAAAAAUGCUCCGGUGGUUGCUUCAUUUUCUUCUCGCGGACCAAGCUUUGCCAGUCCUGGAAUCUUGAAACCUGAUAUUAUUGGUCCUGGUGUUAACAUUCUUGCUGCUUGGCCUACUGCUUGGCCUACCUAUAUUGAAGACAGAAGAAAAACAAAAUACCCCUUCAAUAUUGCAUCAGGCACCUCUAUGUCUUGUGCUCAUCUCAGUGGAGUAGCAGCAUUGCUGAAAAGCGCACACCCCACUUGGUCCCCUGCAGCUAUUAAAUCAGCAAUCAUGACAACUGCUAAUACAGUAAACCUUGCCAACAAUACCAUCUUAGAUGAAAGGCUCCUUCCAGCUAGCAUUUUCGCGGUUGGUGCUGGACAUGUCAAUCCAUCAAGAGCUAAUGAUCCAGGACUAGUUUACGAUACACAAUUAGAGGACUAUUUGCCUUAUCUCUGUGGUUUGAAUUAUACAAAUGGACAGGUAAGAGACGUUCUACGACGUAGCGUGGAUUGCGAACAAGUGAAAAGUGUUCCAGAAGCACAACUAAAUUACCCUUCAUUCUCCGUUAGACUUGGAAGAAGGGCUCAAACAUAUACAAGAACGGUGACCAAUGUUGGGGAGGCUAAAUCAUCUUACAGUUUAGAAAUAGGUUCACCACCAGGAGUUGGAGUACUUGUUAAGCCCUCUACUCUAAAGUUCUCGAAGUUGAACCAAAAAAAGAAAUAUCGAGUGACCUUUUCAAGAACAGCCAAUAGUUCAACUAGUGGUGAAGUUCAAGGAUUCUUGAAAUGGACUAAUAAUAGGCACUCUGUAAGAAGUCCAAUUGCAAUUGUGCUAGAUACUGCCUGACUGGAUUUCUAGCUUUCUUUUUCCUUGUAAGUGAUCAUUGUUACAAUGUAAAACAAGCCAAUAUAAUGGUUUCAAUAAAUCGUUGAA